AUGACGAUGCCGAGAGAGAAAGUAGGUUCUCAACCUGAGUACGAUGACAAAGGAAUAGUCACCUUUGAAGUACACCAUAGAGGUAGAAUGGUAAAAUCCUCAAACCUUAAUGAGUGGUGGUUUUAUGUUGGGGGGUCUAUUGAUUAUUUGGACUGGUGUCUUCUGGACUAUAUAAAUUUGUUAGAGAUAUACGUGUAUGCGAAAGAGCUUGGCUACCAUGACCAAGUGGUUGUGACAGAGAUACAAAAUGUGAUUGUAAUUUACUUGGAACACCCUACUGUUAUUAAUGUGGAUGAAUUUGCUGCGGCUUGGAGGGAGAGGGGUCCUAUUGCAAGAAACCUAACUGCUGAAUUUGAACAUGAAGAUGAGAGUGAUGAACAGUUUGGUUAUGAAGGUAUGUAUGAGGAGGAUGAGGAUGAUGACAUUGCUGUGUUAGAAAUAUGCCCUUAA